UGAGGCGAGACACGGGAGAGAUACCAUUGAAAUGUGCCGUCGCAGCCCGAAAACAGGCAACUUCAAAACUACAAAAUGCUUCGGUGUACUCGACAGAGGAAGCCAUCAGAGCACGGAGAAACCCAAAGCAAUUGAGAAGCCGCGGACCCCCACUUAG